CAUAACAACAAAGAACAAAUCCACUCUUUACAAACAUAUAUACGUAAGCAUACACAAAUAGUUAUUCUAUGUAAUAGUGGAGUAAGUCUCAAGUAAUCUCGUUCUCUCUCUCUCUUUGUGAUGUAAGAAGGACAGAUCUAUGGAGGUUCAAGAACAAGUUACCCGGAAUGGGCGACCCAUUUGUUCUCUCUUUUUCAUGUUCAUCGUUUUUUUGGGUCUCGCCGCGUUCUUCCUGUGCCUUUCGGCUGAGUUUCAGAAGGCUAAGGGGAAAGAUCUGAAAUGGGAUGGAGAAUCAUGUUAUUUACCCGAAUACCGUGCUUUCGGGUUAGGAGUCGCUGCUUUGGUCUGUGUUUCCGUUGCUCAGAUCGUCGGAAACGUUUUGAUCUGUAGAGGUUUCUUGAAAACUGACAAAACCGGAACUACACCGCUUUGUAUAAUUCUUAUGCUGUUUUCUUGGGUUAGUUUUGCGGUUGCGGUUACAUUAAUAAGCGUUGGUGCAAGCAUGAACAGAGAGCAGAGAUACGGGAAAGGGUGGCUGAAUCGUGAGUGUUACCUUGUCAAAGACGGUGUGUUCGCAGCGUCUGGUGUUCUUUGCGUUAUGACGCUGGCCGCUAUUCUCGGAGCGUUUGCGUCUAUAGCCAAGCCAUCAGUACAUGUCGAGACUCAAGACAAACGUCACAACCAAAAUGUGUAAUAGUGUUAUUUUUUAAACCCCUCUCAAAAUUACGUAGAAAGCAAAGAAUUUAAACUUGAUCAAAUGGAUCCAUAAGCAAAAUCUUUC